AGAUUUUUUAUACACAGAUUGUAAAUGCAACAAUUAGCAUUAUUUUCUUCUAUCAUAGCAUCACUUUCACCUAUCUAUUCUAUCACAUAUAAUUGGACGUUCUGACCAUUUACUCAUCUGCUUAUGGACUUGCCCAUAUAUUUGCUCUAAGCGGUUAAAUAACUUAUAGGGGUGGUGAUUAAGUGAACAUAUUAAGCUCGGAUCUUGUUUUUUAAAUAAGUGUAGCUUAUGUCUGAUAGAAAGAUUUGUACAUAUGAAGUGACGCCAUUGGACACUUUAAAUGGCGUAGCCCUAAAAUUUGGAAUGGAAACCUCUGAAUUACUACGUCUAAAUGGAAUUUCAAAAUAUCACCACAUUAAUGUAGGACAAAUUUUACACGUAUAUGAAAAGCCGAAUCAAGCCGAUUUUUUUGAUCAUUCAAACCAAACAGAACAUACCUCCACCGAAUCUGAUUCUAGGGAGAAUACCGACUUAUCUUAUUCAGAUUCAGUUCACAUAAGCUCAGACUCUCCUAGUCUCCAAAUAUCUACUAAUAAUCGUUCUAGUUUUAGUGGCCAGAAUGGAAAUGAAUUUUUACAUUAUGUUAUGAGGCGUUUAUAUGCCGAAAGAGAUCUCAAUAUCUUCAAACAAUCAUCAUUUGGUAGCUAUGCAAAAGAGCUAUUUUCUUCGACUUCGUCAAAAGAAUCGUUGAAUAACAAUUCGGUCUUAAUGAUAAAUGAUGGAUGUGCUAAUCUGGGUCGAUUGCUUUGUUCUAAUGGAUCUAAUCAAAAAAAAGCGGAAUAUAUUCAGAAACGGCUUAUACCUGGGAGGUUGUGUUUAUUGCCUAAUUCAAUCAAGUUUGAACCCUGCUUAUAUAAUUGUUUUGAUUUAAGUUUAUUGGAUUCAGCCGUAUUUCAAAUUGAAUAUUCAGAUAUUGUUGAUAUUCAAAUCUUGGAUAGUAUAACACGAAUGGUAUCUAUAUUGAAUACUGAUGACGAUAGCUCGAAUCUAUGUAAUCAAAAGGAGGCAUCUGAGUCUUUUGACCCAGAAAAUCAGAUAUCAAAUGAAAUAUCCCUACCUCUGGAUUCUUUGAAAGAAAAUAUGAAGGGAAAUUUAUAUAAAAAUAACAGCAAUAUUGGGUAUGAGUGUCUAAUUCAAAAGCUGCGAGAUCGAAGCCUAGAAGUUUUAAGGCUUGUUGCAAGCGGUAUUCUAAGUUGUACGGGAGGCCAAAAACAAGAGCAAGUUACGAAUGUAUUUCAUUUUUUGGUAAGCAGACAUACAGGCGAUACUUUUUUAGACAUAUAUCGGCAAUUUUGUCAGUUGAGGCAAUCCUCUAAACCUCCAAUUUCAGUUCAGCUCUCUUAUCUUUCAGAGAGUCCCUCAGACGAGGAUGCAUUGUUUACUCCUACUUUAAAUUGGUCCUCAGCUAUUUUGACUACCGAAGAGUUAAAACUACUUGCCAGGGCAUUACCCCCUCGAUUUCGACUUUCAAACUGGAAGCUUCUUUAUAGCAGCCGAAUACAUGGUAUUUCCAUCCAUACUCUAUACAAUCGAACACGCGACCAAGGACCAUCUUAUUUGCUUAUAGAAGACGAAUGUAGAUUUCAAUUUGGUGCCUACUUAUCCGAUUCUUGGGCCAUUCGGGAUCAUUAUUAUGGUACUGGGGAAUGCUUUUUAUUUUCUGUUUACCCAUCUUUCAACAUUUAUCCUUGGUCUAAACUCAAUGAAUUUUUUUUAUAUACAAGAGAAGAUGUAAUUGCAAUAGGAGGCGGAUCAGGUCAAUUCGGUAUUUUUCUUGAACCUUGCUUAAUACAGGGACGCACUUCAUUUUGUGAAACAUUUAAAAAUCCAGUGCUUUCCCACUCUGAAAAUUUUAAAUGUACUGUCUUGGAAAUUUGGGGAUUUCAAACAGACUUUACAAGCUGUACAAGCUAAAAUCUGGUCUACAAUUAAGACGAAAAUGUUUAAAUGAUACACAGAACGUGAUUUUCCAUCAUAGAAGCUUCACUUCGGUAUUUUGGUCCUGUGCAAAGAAAUCAAAAAUUCAAAUUCAACUAGGUAGAAAACAGUUCGCUCUCUCUUGAAAUAACUUUGUUGAUUAUAAACCAAUUCCGCCUGGAUAGGUGGGUAGCCGCGAUGAUUUUUUAACGCUUGAAGGCGCAGUUAAGUUCAUAAUACAA